AUGCCGGACAGUCGAGUAUCGAAAGCAUUUAUUCCAAAUACCCUGUUUGAGGUCCACAAGGUUCGUCUAACACGAUCUCAUCCCUCAUGCCCCUGGGGAGUGGUGAUCUCCGGUACAGAUGACGUCGUCGACGCUCCAAUCUACAUCGAUUCCUUGACCCCUGGCAAGCCAGCAGCCAUCUCUGGUCUCUUGCGAAGAGGAGACCGUAUUCUCGCUGUGAAUGGACUGGUUGGGGCGGCUCCGAAAUUGGCUGGUGGUGCGGGUUUGACUCUCUCUCUCGUCACUGCCCGACUACAGCAGCCCCUCGAAUCGGUUACUCUCUACAUCGCACGAGAAAAGAGCCGAUCUGACUUCCCCUUGCCUUCCACCACAGCGUCAACUUCUGCUUUGUCUCAGGGAAAUAGCAAUGCGAUUGCCAAGCAAUAUUCGUGGGGCACGUCUGGUUCACCUGCAACUGACUUCAACCAGUCUUUCGAUGAGGAACGCGUUCGACCACCUCUUCGAACAGCUCCUUCAACAUCUUCUGCAGCGGCUUCCAGCACUCGACUGAAGAAGCAGAAUUCACUCUCCAAGACUCCGCCUUACCCUCGUCAGUUCACAGGCGUCAUUGGCUUCCUUAAUAGUGCAGAUAAUUACGAUGCAACUUCUUAUCCAAAUGUCAAUCGUCCAACAGAUUUACCACGGCAAACUAUAGAUGCCUACUUAUCGAAAGGUGAGGAGAGGCUUUCGCGUCAUCAGCAUCACCACCAUCGGCAUAAAAGCCACAGCAAACGAUGGAAAACAUCUGGAAGUAAUAGACUUAAUCAUCGUCAUGGAAAGCAGGAAGAACAAAACAAGGACCUUCAGAGGGAGGGCAAAAUUCCACGAGCUUCCUCAACGCUAAAUCUGGAUGAUAUUGCUUGUCCAGGUUGUCGCGAAGCUGUUGUGAACGAGGUUCUUAAUCAACAAAGAAUUCUCAACGAGCAAAGGUCUGACCGGAGUCAGGUGCGACGACGUCGCGGUCAUUUGAGAAGUCGAGGGCGCAGUCUAGAAAUGGUGGACACUCAAGGUGGGAGCCCGGAGACGAGGACUUUUCAAUCUUCCUCACAUCGCAGCCAUCAGCAUCAACACCAGCAUCAUCCGCCUACAAUUCCCACUCCCCUCGAAAUAAGAAGCCACGGGAGCGGGAAAGAGGGGUAUCAGACUCUCUCCCGAUCAGACUCCCGCCUCAACCGAGAACAUCUGGAUGCUGGAAAUGAUGAUGAUGAGGCAUCUGUAUCUCCAUCUGUCACGGGAACUAGAAGAUGUGCUCCAAUUUGUGAUAUCUUCUCAUCACGUUCCUCCUACACCUCAUCUUCUGUCUCUGGAUCCUUCAGCAAAUCCGACAGUUCUAGGAGUUCGUCUCUCUCAAGUACGGAUCUACUGGAGGCUGCAAAGACUUCUGUUCCAGCUCAUCGAACAUUCUCUGUGACUCCACUUCCCAGAUGCACUUAUGCCUGUUUAGUACUUCAACCAGUACGCAAUACACCAUUCAAAGUAUCUCUGGCUUUCUUGCUUGUCUUUAGAGCUGGACACCGAAUCAGGUGGGUCUUCCUUGUCUUUAGGGCUGGACACCGAAUCAGGGCUGGACACCGAAUCAGGUGGGUCUUCUCAAAUGUAGGUUACAUAGAGGGCAUGUGGGUUGAGUGUAUACCGAGUAAGGUGCGUCUUCUCCAUUUCCUCCUGCAGGGCUGGACACCGAAUCAGGUGGGUCUUCUCCUUGUCUUUAGGGCUGGACACCGAAUCAGGGCUGGACACCGAAUCAGGUUCAUUGGUGUAGGAGACAAGGCUGAUACCGAGGGUUUAGCAAUUAACUGCUAG